AUGCCGUGGAGUAGGGCCCUUGCCACCAUCCAAAGCAGAGGAGGGCCCCCGCCACCGCAGCCGGGGAUUAGCAUUCUCUUACCCAGCGCGGCCGGAUUAGUCCGCGUGGACCCGGCGGCGGGCCAGGGGAUUACCGUGCGCUGCCCCGACGUACUCGUAUAUAUCCACACGGCUGCUGCGGCAGCUCAACAGGGCAUGGAGGCGGAUGGGGGUGCGGCAAGCCGCCGGGGUCCAGCCCGGCCGUGUCCCUUCUCCAUCGAGCACAUCCUCUCCAGCCGGCCCACGUGCAACCCUCCGGGCCCGACCGUCUGCCCGCCGUCAUCCGCGGGCCGCCAGAGUUCGGGGGAGCUCGCUGAGCCCGCGAGGGCCGGACCGGCAGAAGCCGCUACUUGCACCUGCUGCUGCUGUUGUGGCCCUGGAGCACCCCGAGAACCCACCGCCGGUUUGGGCGCUCGGUUGCCGUGGCCGCUGAGGCUGGGGCCCGCGGCGCCUUUGCUCUUGGCCGCGGGGGCGCAGUCCGGAGGCCCGGUGGCUCGGCCGGGGCCGGGCCCGCAACGGCGCACACGGCGCCACCGCACCAUCUUCAGCGAGGAGCAGCUGCAGGCCCUGGAGGCGCUCUUCGUGCAGAACCAGUACCCCGACGUGAGCACGCGGGAGCGCCUGGCCUGCCGUUUACGCCUGCGCGAGGAGCGCGUGGAGGUCUGGUUCAAGAACCGCAGAGCCAAGUGGCGACACCAGAAGCGUGCGUCAGUAUCCUCGAGGUUCCUACCCGGAGCCAAGAAGCCUUCCAAAGAAGGCUGUUGA